CUCGCUUUUCGUAGAGUAGCUUUCGGUUCCACGUACCGUUAAUCUUCCCGGGUCGCGAAACUGGUGUUCCUGCCGCGUCUUAUGACCUUGACGGUUCCCCUUCCUACCGACCUGGUGACCGGUCAAUCCAAAACGAGGAGGAUUCCGGCCUGACUAACUAUCGUGCUAUACCUGCCGGUUCCGCAUCUUCGUGGCAGGGCGCCUCUGGGAAGAAAGAAAAACCUAAAUACCGCCGGUAGACGCGAUGAAGGGGCACCACCUCCAAAUUCGCGGUCACGGCCACGGCCACCACCACUUCCACGCAAGGACACUGCACAUGGAGCUCGAUCAAGCCAUCCAUCCCGAGGCUCGGGACGCUAUCAACAAUGCCACCCCCGAGGGCACGGAAACGGGUCCUCGGAUCUUGCCUCGAGUAAACAACCUCGACGAGAAGCCCGUCGGCGGUUCGAUGACAAUCCCCAUCGUUCUUGGUGUCUGCAUUCCGUUGGGAGUUGCAUUCUGCGUUCUGAUGUACCUGCAUUAUCGGACGACGGUUCGUCAGAAGAAGGAGGAUGAGACAGACAAAUACAAGUCGAUGGACUUUGGGCUCGAGGGCGCUAGCCUCCCCGGGAAGGGGACCAAGAGACGGAGCGCCUUUUUUGGAAAGGAGAAGGAGGCGAGCCACCACAAGAUGCAGCUUUCGAUGGAUAUGAACCUCUCCAGCCCUUACCUGCUACCGCCUAACUUGCAGAACUCGCGGGAAUCUUUGAACUCCCUGGCAAAGAGUCUCCACCAAAACGAGGACCCCUACCGACCCGUCACGAGCUAUAUUAGCGGCGAUUCCCCCUCUCGUCAGUCUCUGCCGAAGGGUGCGGAGAGAGACUCCGCGAUCUCUAAGGGCCGGCCGGGGCCUGGUGGCGAUGCCCCCCAGAAUCAACGAUCAAUCCCGCCGGGCCCUCUUUCACCAAUCCCUGCUGCCGCGCAACCGCCACAGAUUCGUGAGCCUGUUCAAGACGUACCCGACUCCGCCAAAAACGAAUUCCGAUUCGUCAAUGACGCUUCCACUGUCCCCCGAGUUCCGCAAAUUCAGGAGCCCCCGACAGCUGCUUCGAGGGCGGCGUCGAGGGCCGUUCCCAAUUCUCGGUCUCUCACUAAUGAAUUCAACGUUGCUCGUCCCCUGAGCGACGCGGAUUCUAGGGCCUCCUCGCCGAGAACCAGCAAUGCUCCCAAUGUACCUCCCCCGAGGAAGGACUCCUUGCCGGCUGGAUCAGGAUUCGCCGAAGACUACCAGGACUACACGGCGCAUUUCCAAAUUGACGAGCCCGACAAUGCUCCUGCUAACAACGGCGGUCGGCAGGCGCAACGCGAAUCGCAUGUCGCUGGCCUGGGAGUGCCCGGACAGGACAAUCGGAGAUUGUCAGUGGGAUUCCGACCUUUGCCCCCUGAUGACUUCCUCGAGUCGGAAGAUCCCGAGUUCAGGGCGAACAGAAUCCGUUCCUUUUAUAAGGAGUACUUCGAGGAGACCAAGGUGGACCACGGAAAGCCACCGCCGCUUCCCGCUCCGCAGCAAGCGACCUACUAUGAUGAAUAUGGCGAGACGGCAUUCUUCGACCCCGAGACCAAUGCGUUCGUCAUGCCUUACGCUCAGCCUGUUACCCGUCGUGCUAUGACCCCGCCGCCGAGCUCGAGACGACCGAUGCCUGGACCGGGUCCCAACGGACCCCGCGGCCACGGUCCUCACGGAAGCAUGAACAUGCCAGGCGGUCCUCGCGCAAGACCCAGGGCCGGCUCGGCAGCGUCUGGUGCGAGGUGGGCGGCCCCGAGCCCGCGCCCUAGCUCCUCGGCCUCUAACCCGCGCAUGCUCAACAACGCUAAGCCGCGGAAGCCGAUGCCCCCGCCAGCUGCGCUGAGCACGCUUCCUACUCCCUCGAAGCUAAGAGAUGACUCUUUCUCCAUCCUCAAUGCCAUCGAUUUCGCACCUCCGCCCACUAUGAAGGACCACGUCGCUGGCCGGUCGCAGAGCCCGAUGGGCGAGCGUAAGCCGUACGUGCUUAACGCGCCAAUUCACUCGCCGCUGGUGAGCGCGUUCGACGAUACGCCGGCACUACCUAGCCCGCAUCUGUUACGCAAGUCGGGAACGUACACCGCGCUAGACUUUGCGCCGCCACGCCGGUUCAAGGACGCCGAGGCGAUGAGCGAGUCAGGUAGCGUGGUCAGCGUGCGCAGCGGCAUCUCGUCAACGAACCUCAGCGCUAUCCGCGGCGGAGCUGGUCGGGUCAGCCGCCUGCCCGGGGACACCGUCUUCACGCAGUCGGCGGCCGGCGCGACGCUGAAGCCGUCGUGGGCCAUGCGCGACUAGACGGGAAUGAACGACGGACCCGGGCCAAGCACCUCGAUGUCACCCUUCACGAUCGUUGAUCCAUCCACGACCCGUAACUUCUAAUGCCUCUUCCCCUCCCCCUCGCAUCUUCCCACCCCUGACCCCAGUUUUCCCUCUCUGGUCCCCCUCAGCCCCGGGAGCGUUUUUAUUUUUGAAAGCAGGCAAGGCAAAUCUUUUGGAUACCGAAACUUCAUGAUUGGCGAGUUAUCAUCACUCUAUACCUUUUCCUUUUCGGGGAUCGGGGUUGGUAUGGCGGACCAGCACAUUCGUACGUCUACAUGUGCAUAUGCACUACAUAUACGCGCAUACAUCUACAUAUAUAUACUCUGAGGUUACCUAUAUCCGCAUAGCGCUACAUAGAAGGACCGGUGCAA